UGUAUUUUUCAAAUUAUUGACAAAAAUUGCAUUAAUUAUAUUAAAGUCAAUAUUAGCACAGAAUGAUUUAUUAUUGUGAUUCGGCGAUUAUGCAAACUACAGAAAGUGAUGGUAGACAAACGUGAUUUGUCUCGCAUCAAUGUUUUUCCUUAAAAUUUUAACAUCUUGCUAAUAAUAAAAUAAGCUUCGCGAUGGAACGGAUUUCUUCGCGUUUAUGUUUAUAUUUAUGUUACGUUCAAGAUAUCGGAUCGAGAAAUUCGAAUUGAGGACACAAUUGUUUUUUGAAGCUAAUCAAUAUAAAUAAAUUAUCUGAGAAUAUCAAUUUCAUAAGCGAAACUGCUGUAUAGAAGACAGAAUAGCUGUGAUAAAUAAAACAUAUACAGAGAAACAAGUCCUGUCAUCAAGAUAAACGUAUCUCUUUUGACAAUAGUCAUCUUUUUCGCGUCGAUAAUGAUUAAAAUUUAUUUCAUUUUCUAUCUUAAUUUCUAAUUUUUUUCCGUUCCGUCAAGAUGCGAGUCAACAUACGUUAAAAUUGUUAUUUUAUGCAAGAAAAAUAUCCAUCACUCACCAAUUGUAUACAAAUUAUCCGAAUGUCUUCUUUGAUCAUUUUCUGUUCCAUUAUCAUAUUUUUGUAUAAAUUCAGACGACAUAGAUUUAGCCAAACGCUGCCAUAUUGCCAUGGAAUGCCAUAUCAACAAUGUAAUUGCAGAUUCCAAAUUCGGGAAUUUUGUUGAAAUGGGAGAGACGCAAUCAGUUACACAACAAAUAAUAAAGGGAAAGAACGGCGAUCUUCGAAAUGAAACUAAGGAUAGAAUUGACAUCGAUAAACCACUUUGGAGUCAAGACACGUAUUUGGGAAGAUGGAUGCAUUAUGCCUUUAUCACCGAUUGUCGCACGAUUGUUGUGCCGACAAGCAAAUUGUGGGAAGCGAAGAAACUCUGCGAGGAUUAUAAAGCCGGCAAGGAGCCGGAAUGCCUGCAGAGAAAGGAUAUAAUCUACGCGAAGAAGCUACGGGACAGCGCCUUUCAUCCUGAUAACGGCGAGUUGAUGCAUGUGAUAGGAAGAAUGUCCUUUCAACUACCAAGUUCCGUCGUCCUCACCGCCGCAAUGUUGACUUUCUACAGGUCCGCUUACGGCGUCAUAGCGUGUCAAUUGGUUAAUCAAGGUUUCAAUGCGUUUGUCAAUUACACCAAUCGAAACGCGAUGAGCGACGAACCGCAAGACACCGAUGCGAUCCAACAGGCCUUCGUGCUGGCGACUGUAGCGAGUUGCGCGGCCGCUUUGGGAUUCAGGAAGCUAUUCUCCGGCAGAGGAACCCUCUUUGCAAGAUUCGCUCCGUUCUGUGCGGUGGCUGCCGGCAACAUAGUGAAUCUUCCCAUUAUGAGGCAACGGGAACUCACGCGAGGCAUCCCUAUAUUUGUCAAAAGUGAAGAUAAAGUCUGCAUCAUGAGGUCGCAGGUGGCUGCCGUCAAGGGCAUUUCCGAGUGCGUCCUCACCAGGAUAAUAAUGGCCGCGCCGGGAAUGUUGAUGAUCCCAAUUAUCACGCAACGAAUGCAACCGUACUGUUUCUACCAGCUUCGUCCGUGGAUCGCUUUUCCCAUAGAAAUCGGUUUAUGCGCGCUCAGUUUAUUGAUCAUGAUCCCUUCGGCGCUUGCUAUCUUCCCGCAGAAAAACUUGGAAGAUUUUAUCACGAUAUCGAUAAAACUAAAAAUAAAAAUGUUCAAUAUUGAGCAAAGGAACAAUCUGAAAAUAUUCUGCAAAAACCUAUAAAAUUGGAGCAUAGCGCCGGUGAUGGCCAUUCCACCUGGCACUUGGAAAGACAUUCUGCCAAAGACAUUUUGUAGGUCGCCGGUGUCAGGAUGAAAGGCUGACUCGUACAGCUUCUUCGCAUAGAUGAUUUGUUCUCUGGUCGUAUCAGCUGGUUCUUUGCCAAGUCUACAAGGUAUAUACAACCAUUUCCGAGUGAUUAGAAAACAUGAAA